AUGAUGACUACUGUGAUGACGACGACUGCGCUGCGCCGUGAAGUGUGCGCCCUGUUGUCCCUCGCGCUGUUGUGCUGCUGCGCUCCCAUUUUCGUGACGGCUGCGACUGCGACGGGGGCUGCUGUACAAUCAACUGAUUUGUAUUCCGGAGCGUCUGCAGUGAACGUUUCGGUGGAGAUCUCGUGUGCGGACAGUAACAAGACGUUGCAAUGGCGCUUCCCUGGCCAGUCAGAAUGGACUAAGUGUGCAUUCGCACAGGGUGCUUAUGAAUACACUGUUGUCGCGAGCAGUGGUGAUUAUGACUACACUGGAUACAGUGUGGGUACACCAUCUGAUACUAUUGAAGUUGUUCUUUUGGAUUCUACAAGUGGGGCUUCUAAUCGUGUUGAUGAUGAGUCACUCUGCCUCUCGGCCGACCGGAUGUACUUGACUGCAAAAUGUAAUGCAUCCUGCAAUUCAUCCGUUUCGGAUAAAACCGCGUUUACAAUGGAAUUUCAAACGACUAACGAAAGUGGGGUGUACAAGAAGUCGCUGGAAAAUAAAAAAGGAAAUAAUAAUCCUGCGGGAAGCACCUCGGGCAUCUGUCCGUUAAAGACUUCUGUUGAAGGGACACCUGAAGGGGUCAACAGUGGAACUCCAGUGGCCGCUGCAGCGGCGUCGGCAGCACAAGUGUCAGGAGUGGGGGCGCCCGCAGCGGGGCAGGAUGCAGGCAGUUCGAGUUCAGCUGCGAGUGGGGCCUCAUCAUCGGCACAGACUAUUGAGCAGGGGAUAUCCUCAGCGGGCCCAAAACCCGGCAACACUUCGCAGCUGCCAACAGGCGAAGGGGUUGGCAGAACGGAUGCAUCCGGAACGACGCAAACACCCUCAGCCACUCCCGCCAGCGGCAAUGGUGGGUCCUCCGGUGCAGCCACGACCGGUGCUGCCUCACAGUCCGGCAACCCGACAUAUACGAGGGAGACCAACAACAGUGCCGCCACCGGAGCGCAGGGUCCCGGCACGUCGGACAGCAGCGCCAUCGCCACUGCGUGGGUGCACACACCACUGCUGCUGCUUCUGACCGUCCUUGCAUCUGCUGCUGGGCAGCGGUGCGGAGCAGCCACAAACGAAUGA